AUGGGUGGGGUAUGUGCUCGACGGGCCCAAUGGGCUCCAAUCCAGGAACCAGGGCUAGAGGAGGCCUUUCGUCGAGACUUCCCCAAAGAGUGGGCUGCAGUGAGCACGACGGAUGGCCAGAGGAUCCAGGCGCGGGCCUUGCAGAGCCAGUUGCGGUUGCAGGGCUUGAGCGAGGCUUGCGCAGCACAUCCUCAUGGAGAACUUCAUUUCUACAUGGUGUAUUUGCGAGGGGAUGAUGGAGGGCUGGAAGUGCUCCCCUCAAAAAUUCCUGAUGCUGGAAGCGGUCUCUUCGCUACAAGAACUUUCGCUGCGGGAGAGUUGGUUUGUGUUUACAGAGGCAAAGCUGUGCCAUUGGCACAGGUGCUGCGUGGAAAUGUGACAGACAAGGACUAUUUGAUGGGUGGCUUUGGAUUGUACAGUGUUGAUGCUGCAGACUAUCCAGAGGUGUUAGCUCGCUACAUCAAUGAUCAUGCAGACCCUUCGAAGCACAAUGUCAAGUUCCUAAAGCUGAAGAGGGAGCGUCGAGCAUUGGCCGUCGCUCUUCGGCAGAUCAACUGUGGAGAAGAGAUCUACGCUUUUUAUGGCGAAGGCUAUUGGAGAGCCCGCCAUUUGAAUGCCUCUUGUGGUUCCGGCUUGGGCCCUGAAAACCGUAACCAGUUGCUGUCCCUUUGGAUUCUUGUCAGCUGUGAACCACAGGAUUUGUCUGCUGCAGAGCUGGAGGCUCUACUCAGCGAGCUGCUGGGGAAGUACAAAGAUGCCACGUUUCAGCGAUCCCUGCGGGAGGCUUAUGAUAGCUGUGCUCUGAAGAAGAUUGGCCUACAAGCUGCUUUGGGGCCACUGGUUCUCUCCGUGCAGAAGCCUGUGCUCGAGAAGUAUGGUUUGCCCGCCAAUGCGCAGGGAGUGGACCUCAUGAAGCAUGCGGUGCAAAGACGUAUUUGUGAAGGCUCUGACAAAUUGGAGGACUUGGCAAACAAAGCCCGGCAGGCCCUUGGGAUUGAGCAGCUGCCAAAGCGCCAUGCCACAGCUGAAGAGCAGCUGCAGCGCGGGGCCGACGACACGGCAGCAAAGUUUUCCGGUGACGGGCAAUUGCAGCUCUUGCAGCAGUGUGCUCAGAUGCUCCAGCAAGCCACAUCGAAAGGCAGCAUCCCCUCGUCUUCAGCAGAGUUCCUGCAAGAGCUCCUGACAGGAGAAACGGUGCCUGUGGUUCCCGCGGUGCCUUCCAUUUUGUGCUUAUUCAGGAUGGCCCAGCUCGGGAUUCACGCGGAUUUGCUUCGGGGCCUGGAUGUGCCCAGUGAAGUCCAAGUUUUGCAUGAGUUGCCUUCUGCUGAAGCCUUCUUCACUCGUUAUGUUUUGACAGGGACACCUGUGGUCAUAAGGGGGGCCUUCCCCCCUGAGCGCUUUCAGCCUGCAGCAACGCUGCCGGACUUCACCUUUUUGAGGAGAAAGUGUAGCCACCGGCGGGUGCUGGUGAAGAGCCUGGGCUUUCAGGACGGUGCUGGCCGCCUGCAAUUCAUGACAGACCCGGAAUUGAAGUUGCCCUUUUCUGCCUACUUGGAUGCUGUGGAAGCCUGUGAGCGAGGCGAGAGUCCCAUGCCCUACUACUUGGGGAAGGUUCCGUUACGCGCUGAGCUGCCUGAGCUGGCUGAGGAGGUGAAUGCGGCCAAAACGAGCCCGCAACAGGAGUACAGCAGCUGUUUUGGUGACUUGCUGCCGGAGGGCGUUUUCACCUACUUUGGCUGUGGACGAAACACUACAUCAGUUCACUAUGAUGCUCAUGAGAAUCUGAUGGUGUGCCUGUGCGGUCGAAAGCGUGUGUGGCUCUACCCUCCAGGGGAUGCCAGGUUUGUGUAUCCUAUCUCGAAGGACCGGGGUGCCAGCAUGGACUUUAGCCGCUCCUCCAUUUUGCCAUUUCGGAGUUUCCAGGAGCUUGGGUCUGAAGAUCAGGCGCGAUAUCCGUUGCUGCAGCGAGCCGCUGGUCCACUGGAGGUUUGCGUCGAGAAGGGAGACCUCUUCUACUUACCAAGCGGAUGGUGGCAUUGUGUGGAAGGCUCUGAGGAUCGGAACAUCAUCCUCAAUUGGUGGUUUGCUAUGCACCCAGAGAAGAAGCAGCAAGCCUUCCAAGGGGCGAAGGGUGAGAAGGCUUUAAGUCAGCGCGAGUGCCCAGUGACAGCCUUGUGGUUGAGCCGAAGUGCCAUGACGGCAGAGAAAAAAGUGGCCUUGACUUGUAGAUGUAUCCCAACAGGCGUUUGCAAGAUCGAUGAGGCCUUCUUCAUUUGUGGCGUGGAUGCCCUGACAGACGAGAAACACCUCAGACGACUAGGCAUCAAGUGCAUCCUCAACGCUGCGCAGGACAGGUUGUACAGUGGCAUAGGGGUUAAACCUGGAGAGACAAAGUUGGAAGACCUGCCAAAGAAAUUCGAUGUGAAGAUCAUCGGUGCCGAUGAUUGUGAAGAAUGCAAUCUCAGUGUGCACUUCCAAGAGAUUGCUGACUUCAUCGAGGCUGGCAGAGGCAAAGGUGGUGUUGCGGUGCAUUGCGCUGCUGGCGUUUCACGUGCCUCCACAUCUUGCAUAGCGUAUCUCAUGAUGAAAGAGCACUGGACUUUGGAAGCUGCCUUUCGGAAGGUGCAUGCCGUGAGGAACAUCAUCCAUCCGAACUGCGGCUUUUGGCGACAGCUUCGCGACCUGGAGGCCUCCCUGAUAGCUUCGGGCAUUGCCCUUCGCUCUUUACCUGAAGAUUGGCAGCCGCCAAAGCAGCAGCUGCGGCCAGAUGAGGAGGAGGGCAAGUUCUCAGCAACAGAGGCGGAGACCGCAGAGAUCUUGGCAUCAUUGGACCAUGAGGUCACAACCGUGGAAUCUUUUGUGACUCACUACUUGACUGCAAAGAUCGUCCCAGAGGGCGUGAAAGCCAUCGACCUUAUGAAGGCGGUGUUGAAGUUGGACACUCCUGGGGUGAGCAUCAGGGAUUGCGAAUGCGAGGAUGAGGCACGACAUGGUGGAGAUGACAUAUCCAAAGACAGAAGCGCAGGAAGUGCCAUUGAGCCGGUAUCUGAAGACUUGGGGGCGCUCUGUGACUCUCUGGGAUCAAGCGUGCCUCAGCAUUCUUCAGACUGGGGACGCGACGCGCAUCAUGGCGCGGAAGAAGGUACGAGUGACCCGCUCUUCGGCUGCACAUGUGAACAGAUGCUACGGCUGGACCCCUUGGAUCCCUUUGGCCCAUGUGCAUAG